GAGUAGUUGCAGAAGGGGUCACCAACUUUAAAAACAAACAGUGUUCCGGCAGGAUGUCUGUGAAGUGGAUACCUGUUCUCCUGCUGUUGGAACAGCUGAGUUUUCAGUUCAGCCCUGGGCGUUGUGGAAGAGUGCUCGUGUGGCCCACGGAAUACAGCCAUUGGAUGAACAUGAAGAUAAUCCUGGAUGAACUUGUCCAGAGAGGUCAUGAGAUGCUGUGGGGCCCUGCGGUGAGCUGCUGGCUGAGCUACUUCAAGUACCUCUUGUGUACAGUGUCCGCUUCUCUCCUGGCUAUAAAACAGAAAGGUUAUUUUACAGAAGAGUCUGAGGUCCACAGCAAUGUCAAGUAGAGAUUUACCCUAUACAUCCUACCUCCUCACAAGUACCGUCUCCUUUAUCGUCAACAUCCCCCAUCAGGGAAGUACAUGUGUUACAAUUGAUGGAAAUAUGUUGAAAUGCCAUUAUUGUAUAAAGUCCACAGUUUACAUGAGGGUUCACUCAUGGGGAAUGUCUGUGAUUUUGCACAAAUUUAUAAUUUCAUGUAUCUAUCAUUAUAGUAUUGUACAGAGUAGUUUAACUGCCUAAACAUCAUCUGUGCUCUAUUUUCCUAAAAAUCAAUUUUACUAUAAUUUUUUGCAUGUCUCUUUUCCUCCUUUCUUCUUUUUUAUUUUUGAAUCAUGUUUAUUCUAUUACACUUGUCUCAGAGUUUCCCCCCUUUGCCCUCCCCAAUCCAUCCCACCCCACUGGCCUAGGCAACCUAUAGAUUCAAUGAGAUUUCUAGCCACAUACCAAAGAUGUAUUUCACAGACAUCCCACCCCAUAACCACUUUAAGUAAAUGGUUUAAAGGUUCUAAUCCAAAAGACAUAGGGUAGAUGAGUGGACCAGAAAAGAAAGUAAGAAGGGGAAGGGGAGGGAGAAGAAGAAGAAGAGGGAGACGAAGGAGGAGGAAGAGAGGGGGAGAGGAAGAAGAAGGAGUACAACAACAACGAUGACAAUAACCACAGCAGAGGAACAUGUUUUAAAAAUAAAAUGGCUCCCCAUCUCCACCCUGCCUGUGAUAGUGCAUAUCUACCAAUAACCACUUUAUGUAAAUGGUUUAAAUGUUCUAAUCCAAAAGACAUAGGGUAGAUGAGUGGAUCAGAAAACAAGACCCAUGUAUGUGUUCUCUUAAAGAAACGCACCUUAGAAUAAAAGAUACACACUGACUACAAGUAAAGGGAGGAAAAAAUUAUUUCAUGAAAAGGGGAAGGUAAAAAGAUGAGUUAGCAGUACUUAAAUCAGACAAGACAGACUUCAAAACAAGGGCUAUUGAAAGAGGAGAAAAGGGCACUACAUAAUGAUAAAGGGAACUAUGAAACCAGAGGAUAUUACCUUAGUUACCGUUUACGCACCCAACAUAGGAGCACCUAAACAAGUAAAACAAAUCUUGAUGUACCUAAAAGGAGAGGUUGAUGGAAAUACGGUCAUAGUAGGGGAUUUAAAAAACCCCAUUGACUCCACUGGAUACACUUUCCAGACAGAAGUACAGCAAGGAGAUGGCAGCUCUAAAUUACAUUCUAGAUCAAAAGGGUUUACUGGGUAUUUCCAGAGAUUUCAUCUCAGAGCAGUAGAAUAUACAUUCUUCUCAAGUGCACUUGGAAAGUUUUCUCAGAUAGACCACAUGGUAGGACACAAGACAAGUCCCAAUAAAUUUUAAACGAUUGAAAUCAUGUGAAGCAUCUUCUCUGACCAUAGUGCUAUGAAACUGGAAAUCAGUCACAGGAAGAACACUGAAAAAUACACAGAGGCCUGGAAGCUAAAUAGCAUGUGAUUAAGCAAGGAGCAGGUUAAUAAUAAGAUCAAAGAACAAAUCAAAAGAUGCCUUCAAACAAAUGGAAGUAAGAACACCACAACCCAAACCAGUGAGACUGCAAAAGCAGUCCUAAGACUGAAAUCCAUAGCACUGCAGGACUAACUCAGGAAACAGGAAAAAGCUCAAACAAACAACCUAACUUUACACUUAAAGGCACUAGAAAAAAGGAACAACAAAGUCCCAAGUGAGUAGAAGUUAGGAAAUGAUGAGGAUCACACACAAAAAAAUAAAUGAAACAGAGCCUCAAAAACUACAAAAGAUCAGGGAACCCAAGAGCUGCUUCUUUGAAAAGGUAAACAAGACUGACAAACAUUUAACCAGGCUCAUCAAGAAAAAAACAGAAAGGACCCGAAUAGAUAUUUUCAGAAAAGAAAAAUGACCCCAUUCGCAAUUGUUUCAAAAAGAAUAAAAUGCCUAGGGAUAAAUUUAACAAACGAUUAAGGGACCUGUACUCAGAGAAUUAUAAGACACUGAAGAAAGAAAUUAAAGAUGAUAGAAAUAAGUGGGAGCAUUAAUAUCAUUAAAACGUCCAUAUUACCCAAAGCAACCUAUAGAUUCAAUGCGAUUUCUAUCCAGAUCCCAAAGAUGUAUUUCACAGAACUA